AUGCUGUUGAAUCAGACGUCUCGUGAUGAUUCCUCCUGUGACGACUUCGUUUACGACCCGUACAUUGUCCCAGCGCUCUACUUCCUGAUGUUCCCCGUCUCUUUGCUGCUGAAUGGCGUCACAGCCUGGGUGUCUCUGCACCUGGAGUCCACCAGCACAUUUGUGGUGUACCUGAAAAAUCUCGUGGUCGCUGAUCUCAUCAUGACCUUGAUUAGCCCAAUGAGAGUGGCAAGUAAAUUGCCGCAGGCCUCAGUUACUGUAUAUGCCCUUUCCUGUCGGGUUUUCAGUGCGAUCUCCUACAGCACGCUCUACACGUGCAUCAGUUUUCUGGGCCUCAUAGGUCUGGACCGCUUCUUCAAGAUCAUGAUGCCCCACAACAGGCUGUUUGGCCGCAAUCUCACCCUGAGCAAAGUGGUGUCAGGCUCUGUUUGGCUGAUUCUGUUUGGCGGUACAGCUUUACCGAAUAUCAUUUUGAGUGACCAGUCGGUCGCCAAUAUGACGGAUAUCACUUGUAUGUCAUUGAAAGGACAAGCUGGACUUGAAUUCCAUGAAGGGACGGUGAUCUUCCUGAAUGUGUUUUUUUGGCUCGUCAGCGUGGUCAUCUCAGUCUGCUACAUUUGCAUCACAAAGAAAGUCAUCCAGUCGUUCCAAAACUCGGGCAGUAACAACGCGCGAGGACAGAAAAAGGUCAAGCUGCGCGUUUUUCUGGUCGUCGUCGUGUUUUUCGUGUCUUUUGCACCGUACCACCUCGUCAGGAUCCCGUACACCUUUCAUCAAGUCAAUAAUGCCGAGCAGAACAGCUGCUCUUAUUUAAAGGGCAAGUUGGCCAAAGAUCUCAGCCUCUGGCUUGCCAACGCAAACAUCUGCAUGGACCCGCUUCUUUACGUCUUCCUGUGUCCAGAGUUCAACGAGAAAUUGAUGUCUAUGAUGAAAAGUGUUUCCAACUCAGUGAAGCGGCUUCGGCAGGCAAAGCAGAAGUGA